AUGAAAUAUUUAUUCACUUUGGUAAACAAAAAUGGAAGAAUAAGUCAAAUACUUCACCAAUAUCCGGAACCAGGACACAGUUUCCUACCGGGCGAUAGGUCAUUUGGACUUAUAGAAAAGAACAAAAGGAAGAAGGAAAGAAUAUACCUACCGUCAGAAUGGAUAAAGUUAGUUGAAGAAAGUUCAAAAAAAUUUAAGGUAGUUCCUGUAGAACAAGACAUGAUCCUAAACUUUUCAGACCAUUUAAAACAACUUUUUAAAUCAGUCCCUAAAGGACCAAAAAAGGAAAAAUUUGCAAUAUCAACUUAUAGAUUAAUGAAGUACACCAAGAAUGAUACAUUUAUUAAAUGCUCUGUAAGUUCAGGUUUUCAAAAUUUUACAAAAUUUUCUAUUAAUGAAAAAGGAGAUAUACCAUUUUUAAUGCCGACUAAUAAAGCAUACUUCAACCUUUUGGAUAUAAACCCUAAAAAAAUUAAUGAUCUAAAAAGCUUAGUACAAAAGUAUGUACCUUUAAAUGAUCAAAGUUUUUAUAAUCGCAUGUUUCAAAACAUAACUACUGUUGAGGUAGAAGAUCUAAAUAAUUCUGGGGAAGUUAACAAAAAUCGAGACGAAGGAAAUAUUUAUACUCCAUCCAUUUGGUAUUACAAUAAAUUAAGUUUUUUAUUGGAUUAUACCAAACCAAGGAAAUCUAUGGAUUCAAUUUCGGAUCAAGUAGAGAGUGAUGUUUUACAUGGAGAGAUAUGUGAGGAGGAAGAAAAUAUGUUCAGUCAGUUUUCAGCUCACUCUGAUAUAAUUAUUGAGUAUGAAAAUGAUAGUCAAAUAGAAUCGUACAGCUCCGAACGAACUGAUGCAUCUUCAAAACCAAGUACAUCAACUAAAAUGCAAACUCCUAAGACUACUCAAGUACCACGAAAAAGAAAGAAAAUUGAAAUAGAUGCAGCAACAGAUGCAAUGCAAAAUAUUGCCUCUAUUUAA